AUGCAGCAUGAGUUGGAGACAAAAUUCUCCAAUGCCUUCACCAGUGAUGGGGGCUCACCAUUGAUAAGCGCAGGGGGAAUAGAACCCUUGCCAAGGUCCUUGAAGCAGUCAAUGGCCCGACCAUCAUCAUUAAGCUUCAGAGUGAUGCCUCGUUCCUUCUUGGUAAAGCGAGGAGGGCAGCAUCCCCAUCAGUCAGAACGCAGAGAGGCCAUUGAUAAAAAAGAAGGGAAAAGAAAAGGACACCGAGACUCAUGCCUGGGGUACGUCACAGAUGCCACACACGGUGUUGACACUGUCGCCGUGGAAUUGCUACAGCCAGUUCCCGGGGACCCACACUAUGAAGAAAAGCUUCCAGGGCAGCCUAUGUCUCAGGUGACUUUGGACAGCCAAAAAUCAUCAGGACAGGACGUCUUGCAUCAUAAUGAAUGUGACGACUCAAAGAGAAUUUCUGCUGGUCAAGAGUGUCCUCUCUGUGGCAAACAUUUUGCCCAUUUGUCCAGUUUUAAGAGGCACGUUUACAAAUGUCAUGGAAUCAGGUCCUUCACAACAGAUGGUGAAUCACGCACAUGCAAGGACGUCAGAGCGUUUGGCUGCAGCGUGUGCGGGAAAGUGUUCAAGCGCUCAUCUACAUUGUCCACUCACCUGCUCAUCCAUUCUGACACUCGACCAUACGCCUGCCAGUACUGCAGCAAACGGUUCCACCAGAAGUCGGACAUGAAGAAGCACACUUUUAUACACACGGGUGAGAAGCCCCACGUGUGUCACAUAUGCGGCAAAGGCUUCAGCCAAAGCUCCAAUCUGAUCACGCACACCCGCAAGCACCAGGGUAGCUGGCCUCACCGCUGCCCUUGCUGCCUCCUCUGCUUCCAAGAACCAGGGGACCUCUGGCAGCACCAAUGCGCCCAACGUUGACACAGUACUUUGUGACACCCAAUUGGAAUUCUUGAAUAGUUGGGUGGUUUUAGAAGCUUGGUCCCUACUCAGACACGAAUAUUUCAGUUCUUCAGUUCUCUCUGAGCUCUGACUAAAACCAGAGAAAGUUUAUGUGUAUUAUGUCGUAGAUAAAGUUGGUGGAAUUGACAAAGUUCUCAAGAGUUAUGGAGUCCAAAACCUGUCCGUUCUUAGUUUUUGAAAUGGGUGCAUUUCAGCUGCACAUUUUUGACUGAAUGUAGUUAUUACCCUGUGAAAAAUAUCCCAUUUUGCUUUUGUAAUUGCUUUUUUGUGCUUACACAUUUCAUUAAAAUGUUUCCAUGAUUUUUUUUUUUUUUUUGUAACGAAUCCAAUACCUUCAACUCACGGGACAAAAUUCGAAACAGACAAUUCAUUUGGGUAAAGGCAAAAGUCAAGGGGUCUAUCGCAAAGCUUCGCCCUUUUGGAAAAAUCGGACAACCCAAGGCUCUGUCAAAUUCCUCAGUGACUGACUGAGUGAACGAAUGAUUUAUGGAUGAUGGCCGGUGUUCAGAUUUCUGAAUUUGCACUACCACAGCUGGCAAUGGACCUGUUUAAUUUUUUUUGUAAUUUAAAAAAAAAAUUUUUUUUAUGAAUUUCAUCUAGAAGCAAAC